AUGGAGAAACAAGGAUCGGAGUCGCGGGAGCUGCAGUGCGUGGGAAGGCUGGAAAUCGCGCGGCCGAAGCCCGCCGGCUUCCUGUGCGGAUCCAUACCGGUAACUACCGAUGAGCCUCUUCAUGAAUUCACCUCCGCCGCCCUCGUCCCCUCCUCCGAUGCGGUACAAGCUCCAAGGUAUCGAAUGAUUCCAACAGAAACAGAUCUGAACGCGCUUCCUUUACUCUCGAGCAUCCCAGAAAAAGUGCUACCAGUCGCUGCAACACAGUCGAGGACAAAGGAUGAUUCGCACUGGCAAGAUAGUCCUAUCAUGUCUAAUCUUGCUAGGAAAGGAGAAGCCCUUGCUGUAUCUGGUUUAGCAGAGUAUGGUGAUGAGAUAGAUGUCAUUGCUCCUGCUGAUGUUCUGAAACAAAUAUUUAAGAUACCAUACACCAAGGCUCGCGUGUCAAUUGCUGUUCACCGUGUUGGACAAACGCUUGUCCUGAAUAGCGGGCCUGAUAUCGAAGAGGGAGAAAGACUUAUUCGAAGACAAAAUCGUCAGCCAAAAUCUGUUGAUCAGUCGUUAUUUUUAAAUUUUGCUAUGCAUUCUGUAAGAAUGGAGGCUUGUGAUUGCCCACCAAGUCACAAUACUUCUUCAGAUGAGCAAUUGAAGUCACAUACUCACCCCAACGGGUGCAUGCCAAGUGAUGGCUCACUUGAAUCCUCAGAUCAUCCAAUGCAAGGGCAUCCAUCCUAUGGGCAACAGGAGGGUAUUGGCCAAAGCAAAGAGUUUACCCAUCAGCAGGAGUUGCCACAUGCUGGAAGGAAAAAUCUGUAUUUGGGUAAGAAGAAAAAUAAGAGACAUAAAGGUCGUGAAACUGUAAAGAAGGUAGCGGAAGUUAAAGAAAAGCCAAGGUGCCCAGUCCAAGAAUCUGAAAAGUAUAGAAAAAUUGGUGAGGAUGGCUUUUUAAGAGUGCUCUUUUGGCAGUUCCACAAUUUCCGUAUGCUUCUGGGUAGUGAUUUGCUCAUCUUUAGCAAUGAGAAGUACGCCGCGGUGAGCUUGCACUUGUGGGAUGUCUCACGCAAGGUCACUCCAUUAACCUGGCUUGAAGCUUGGUUGGACAACUUUAUGGCUAGUGUUCCUGAAUUGGCCAUCUGUUAUCAUGAGAAUGGUGUUGUUCAAGGUUAUGAGCUUCUGAAGACCGACGAUAUUUUUCUACUAAAGGGCAUAUCUGAUGAUGGAACUCCUGCUUUUCAUCCCCAUGUUGUCCAACACAAUGGUCUUUCAGUCAUGAGGUUCCUACAUGAGAACUGCAAGCAUGACCCUGGUGCUUAUUGGCAAACUCCUCCUUGCAAUGCUAAAAAGCUUUCCGAGCUUUACAAGAUCUCUUUGAAGUCCUCCGAUUUCGGUCAGCUGCACACAAUGCAUACCUUGUGGACAACAUAA